UGGAACACCUAGUGAGAGUCAUGGCCCUUCCAGCUGCAGAUGAAGGAAAACUUCUUGGAGAACUAAAAGACUGGGAAACUAAAGGAACACAUCUCUGCAUAAAUUCCCCUAUAGACCCAGCAUUGUUACAACUGGUUCAACAAGAACUUAAGUCACUACAAGAUGAUGUGAAGAACAUGUCUGUAGAACUUGAAGAUGAGAAGAGAAAUGUCCAACAUGAACUGAAAAGUGUUGCAACAACUCUAGAAGACAUGAAACAGAGGGUGCAAAUUCUGGAGACUGGUCAGCAGACCUUAGAGCAUCGUAGUGUAUUAUUUGAGGACAGAAUGGAUAAUUUUGAAGGAGCUGUAAACCAGAGGAUGGAGAAACUUGAGAGAAGUAAGCAGAGCACAGAAGACAAAGUGCAUCAUCUUCAAGGAGUUGUAAACCAGAGGAUAGAGAUACUUGAGAGCAGUAAGCAGAGCACAGAAGACAAAGUGCAUCAUCUUCAAGGAGCUGUAAACCAGAGGAUACAGAAACUUGAGAGCAGUAAGCAGAGCACAGAAGACAAAGUGCAUCAUCUUCAAGGAGUUGUAAACCAGAGGAUAGAGAUACUUGAAAGCAUUAAGCAGAGCACAGAAGACAAAGUGCAUCAUCUUCAAGGAGCUGUAAACCAGAGGAUGGAGAAACUUGAGAGAAGUAAGCAGAGCACAGAAGACAAAGUGCAUCAUCUUCAAGAACAAGUGGAAGACUUAGCAUCAUCAAGAAAAUCCGAUGAAACUACGUCAUGUCAAGACAAUCCCAUGUCAACUGCCUGUCCGGAGAAACUUGUAGAACUCAUCAAACGAGACUACAAAGGUGCUGUUCUUUGUCCAUUUCCAUGGUGCGAGGAUGAGCUACAACUGGAACUGUCGAACGUCUUCACAAGAUUGAAAAUCAUUAGCAAGAAAAAAGAACGAGCAUUGCUAACAGAGGACAUCGUCCAAAUGGCGGAAGUGUUUAAACCACUUGCCGAAUGUGGCAAACCAAGAGUGGGGCUGAUUGAGGGGCAGCCUGGAAUGGGUAAAACCACUUACUGUCAGAAGCUUGCAUAUGAUUGGUCCGUGGCGGGAAUUCCACCUGAAGCUUCGUUUCCCAAAGUGGAGAUGCUGCUCCUGCUUAAGUGCCGUGACAUGAAGAAUGCUGACAUUGAGGAAGCUAUAAAUGAUCAGCUGCUACCACAAGAUGCAGACGAGAAGGAGAAGGAAAACUUCUUCCAAUUUGUUCGCUGCAAUCAGCCUAGGAUCCUAUUAGUUCUUGAUGGACUAGAUGAGUUGCCUGAUGAUCUAUUCCAGGGUUUCUUACCCUUGAUUCGAGGCAGAGUGUUCCCCAUGACUUAUCUCUUGUUCACAGCUCGCCAUGAGGCAGGAAUGAAAGUGCGACGAUACUGCGACACUCUUUUUGAAAUUGUUGGUUACACUGAUGAAGAUGCUGAUAGUUAUAUUACAAAGUAUUUCGCCAGUCACGAGGAUCCGAACCUUGCUAACAAAGUGAUAGGAAGAUUAAAAAGUGACAGACAGCUCAGGGAAUUGACUACUAAUCCACUGAAUACGGCUAUGUUAUGCCUUCUCUUUGAAGAUGCAAAAGGAGUUCUUCCAUCAAACAGAACCAAAUUGUAUGACGAACUUGUUUCAUGUGCUCUGAGGAGGUAUUUCGCAAAGAAGGGUGUUCCUUUGGAUACAAGAGAUCCUGUCAAGACAUGUUCAGAUCAGCUCAAUCAGUUGGGAAAGGUGGCUCUCGAAGCUCUUAAAGACGAUCGAAUGCAUUUCAGUGAAAAUGAGGUGAAAUGCCAGUCAAUUGAUUUUCUUAGAUUAUGUUUUCUUUCCCGAGAAGCUAGUGCAAGCAAACUCAGGCCAAUGCCUUGCUAUGCAUUUACACACAAAACCUUUCAGGAAUAUUUUGCUGCGCACCACUUGGCCCAUCAGCUUCUAACUGGCGACAAAGAACAAGCUGACGCGCUGCUUCCUCAGCUAACUCCUGUUUUCAAGUACUGGCAUGUGUGGGAAUUUCUAUUGACGAUGGUAGCAAGUAAGAGUGAUGGUACAGCAGCUAUGGUAAUUUCAUGUUUCUGUGCUGCUCUUUGCCGCAGAGAAGCGGAAUUGGAAGACGAGCAAGACAGUGAUUCCGAUGAUGACGGUGAUUACGAGGUCCACGAUGAUUACGAUUUCAACAUUUGUGAAGACACUCUGGAUGAUUUCCCCAUCCUUUUACUCUUUACUGCUGCUGAAGAGACCUUGAUUAAUCUUUUGGACGAAGUUUUCGGACUUAUUUUAGCAUCUUCAGGUGGCACGAAUGAACUAGGGGACUGCCAGAAGAAAAUGGUACGAGCCCUAGCGGAAUGCUUCCCAAUCCACAAGUUAUGUACUGUUCACAGCAAUCCUCGCAUCCUCUCCGAGUACCUGAAAUCUAAUCAUUCACUGACGCAUUUACGGUGGGACGAUGCAUUGGAUGAGUCAGCACUAGCAACCAUUGAACAUGUUCUCCAGUCUAACUGCCCACUUAAAUACUUAGAUCUGAGAGGAUUGGGUGACAAAUGCUUAGGUAUCUCCGGACUUCGAGUACUCGCGCGGGCUCUUAAUGCAAACUGUUCUUUAACGUAUCUAAAUCUAUCGAAUUCUUCCUUUGGUGAUGCUGGAGCAACAUGUCUUUCACAGGUUCUCCGUUCGAAGGACACUUUAACUCAUUUAAAUUUGAAUUUUACUUGGAUCUGUAAUUCAGGAGCAAAAGAACUUUCAGGAGCUCUUCAAUCGAAUCGCAGUUUGACUCAUUUAAAUUUACAGGCCAAUCUCAUUGGCAAUCCUGGAGCUGAAGAUUUUGCCAGAGCUCUGCAAUCCAGUUGUGCACUAAUGUAUUUAGAUCUCAGCAAUAACAGGGUCGGUGAUUCAGGAGCUCAAGCCCUUGCUAAGGCCUUGGAAUCCAACCGUAGCCUAACAUUUUUGGAUCUGGGACAUACACAGAACGCAGAUGAAGUGACAACCAUGGCUUUACGGAUACCACGCUUCCUCGAGUUACUGCGAGGUAGGGACCUGAAGGCAUUUCAGAUUGGUGAUUCAGGGGCAGCAGCAAUUGCGCAAGCUCUUCGUUCAAAUUGUGUGCUUACUCGUCUCAAUCUUCAGAAUAAUAGGAUCAGUGACCUAGGAGCUACAGCGAUUGGGGAAGCUCUUCAGUCAAACUGCACCCUUACACACUUGCAACUGAGAGGCAACAGAAUCUGCGAUGUAGGAGCAUCACAUCUUGCGCACGCCAUUCGGGUUAACCGUCGUCUUGUGAAUUUAGAUCUGAGAAACAACGCAAUAAUUAUGCCUGGUGGAGCUACUGGAGCUGCUCUUUCACAGGCAUUGCAAUGCAAUAGUGUACUAACCCAUUUAGAUUUGAGAUGUAACUUUGGUGCACAUCAGGCUGCAAUGGCACUUGCUGAGAGUCUUCCAUCUAAUUGCACUCUCACACAUGUAGAUUUGAGUACUAGCAUGAUCUCAUCUUGUGGUGCUGUGGCUCUUGCAAAGGCGUUACAGUUGAAUCGCACCUUAAGUCAUUUAGAUCUGAAGUGUAAUCGUAUUGGUGAUUUAGGAGCUACGGAAUUUGUAGAGACCCUUCAGUGUAAUACUACGUUAAUCUUUUUAGACCUGAGGUAUAACCGAAUUGGCGAGUCAGGAGGGAAGAAGCUUCAUGGUCUCUUGCGUGGAAAGAUUCUUGGGUCCAAUCGUAAACUAUUGUAUCACUGGAGUGAGAAUUAUGCCAGUCCACAUUUUUGUAGUAUUGGUGUGCAACCGCUGAACAUUAGCAUCAAAUUCAGAGUCAUAUUUGGCAAACAUUCAACAAUGUAUUCAAAGGAACAAGUGGAAGACUUGGCAUCAUCAAUAAAAUCCGAUGAAACUGCGUCAUGUCAAGACAAUCCCAUGUCAACUGCCUGUCCGGAGAAACUUGUAGAACUCAUCAAACGAGACUACAAAGGUGCUGUACUUUGUCCAUUUCCAUGGUGCGAGGAUGAGCUACAACUGGAACUGUCGAACAUCUUCACAAGAUUGAAAAUCAUUAGCAAGAAAAAAGAACGAGCAUUGCUAACAGAUGACAUCGUCCAAAUGGCGGAAGUGUUUAAACCACUUGCAGAAUGUGACAAACCAAGAGUGGUGCUGAUUGAGGGGCAGCCUGGAAUGGGUAAAACCACUUAUUGUCAGAAGCUUGCAUAUGAUUGGUCCGUGGCGGGAAUUCCACUUGAAGCUUCCUUUCCCAAAGUGGAGAUGCUGCUUCUGCUUAAGUGCCGUGACAUGAAGAAUGCUGACAUCGAAGAAGCUAUAAAUGAUCAGCUGCUACCACAAGAUGGAGACAAGAAAGAGAAGGAAAACUUCUUCCAAUUUGUUCGCUGCAAUCAGCCUAGGAUCCUAUUAGUUCUUGAUGGACUAGAUGAGUUGCCUGAUGAUCUAUUCCAGGGUUUCUUACCCUUGAUUCGAGGCAGAGUGUUCCCCAUGACUUACCUCUUGUUCACAGCUCGCCAUGAGGCAGGAAUGAAAGUGCGACGAUACUGUGACACUCUUCUUGAAAUUGUUGGCUACACUGACGAAGAUGCUGACAGUUAUAUUACAAAGUAUUUCGCCAAUCACGAGGAUCCGAGCCUUGCCAACAAAGUGAUAGGAAGAUUAAAUAGUGACAGUCAGCUCAGGGAAUUGACUACUAAUCCACUGAAUACCGCUUUGCUAUGCCUUCUCUGUGAAGAUGCAAACGGAGUUCUUCCUUCAAAUAGAACCAAAUUGUAUGAUGAACUAGUUUUAUGUGCUCUGAGGAGGUAUUUUGCAAGGAGGGGUAUUCCUUUGGACGCGGGAGAUCCUGUCGAGACAUGCUCAGAUCAGCUCGAUCAGUUAGGAAAGGUGGCUCUCGCAGCUCUUAAAGGCGAUCGAAUGUAUUUCAGUGAAGACGAGGUGAAAUGCCAGUCAAUUGACUUUUUAAGAUUAUGUUUUCUUUCUCGGGAAGCUAGUGCAAGCAAACUCAGGCCAAUGCCUUGCUAUGCAUUUACGCACAAAACCUUUCAGGAAUACUUCGCUGCAUACCACUUGGCCCAUAAGCUUCUAACAAGCAACAAAGAACAAGCUGACACACUGCUACUUCAUCUUACUCCCGUUUUCAAGUACCGGCAAGUGUGGGAAUUUCUUUUGGGAAUGGUAGCAAGUAAGAGUGAUGACACAUCAGCUAUGAUAAUUUCGUGUUUCUGUGCAGCAUUAUGCCGUGGAGGAACAGAAGAGGAAGACGAGGAAGACAGCGAUUCCGAUGAUGACUCAGACUGUGAUUACGAGAUCGACGAUGAUCACGAUUUCAAUAUUUGUGAAGACACACUGGACGUUUUCCCGAUCUUCUUCUUUCUCACUGAGGACGAGGAGACCUUGGUUAAUCGUUUAAUCGACGUUUUCCGACUAAUUUUAUCGUGUUCAGGUGGCACGAGUGAACUUGUAGACUGCCAGAAGAAAAUGGUACGAACCCUAGCGGAAUGCUUUCCAAUCUACAGGUUACGUACUGUCGAAAUUAAUCCUUGCAUCCUCUCCGAGUACCUGAAGUUUAAUCAUUCACUGACACAUUUACGCUGGAAUGAUGCAUUGGAUGAGUCAGCGCUAGCAACCAUUGAACAUCUUCUUCAGUCUAAUUGCACACUCAAGUACUUAGAUUUGAGAGCAUUGGUUGGGUUUGGCUCCAGCGGGGUACAAGUGCUCGCACGGGCUCUUAAUGCAAACUGUACUUUAACAUUUUUAAAUUUGACGAAUCAUAUCCUUGGUAAUACUGGAGUAACAUGUCUUUCGCAGGUUCUUCGUUCGAAUCGCACAUUAACUCAUUUGAAUUUGCAGUCUAAUUUCAUCUCUGAUGUAGGAGCAAAAGAACUUUCAGAGGCUCUUCAGUCGAAUCGCAGUUUGACUCAUUUGAAUUUACACACCAAUCUCAUUGGCAAUUCUGGAGCUGAAGAUUUUGCCAGAGCUCUCCAAUCCAGUUGUGCACUAAUGUAUUUAGAUCUGAGCGAUAACAAGGUCGGUGAUUCAGGCGCUCAAGCCCUUGGUAAGGCCUUGGAAUUCAACCGUACCCUAACAGUUUUGGAUCUGGGACGAUCAACAAACACAGCUCUCAUGGCGUCCAUGUUUUUUCCGUUCGGAAGCCUCUCCCAGUCUGGAGGUAGGAACCUGAAAUCAUUUGAGAUUGGUGAUUUAGGGGCAGCAGCUAUUGCGCAAGCUCUUCGUUCAAAUUGUGUGCUUACUCGUCUAAAUCUUCAGAAUCAUAUGAUCAGUGACCUGGGAGCUAUAGCACUCGGGCAAGCUCUUCAGUCAAACUGCACUCUUACACACUUGCAACUGAGAGGCAACAGUAUCAACUACGUAGGAGUAUUGCAUCUCUCACAUGCCAUCCGGGUUAACCGUCGUCUUGUGAAUUUAGAUCUGAGAGACAACGCCAUAAUUACCCCCGGUAGAGUUAUUGGACCUGCUCUUUCACAGUCAUUACGAACCAAUAGUACACUAACGCAUUUGGACUUGAGAGGUAAUUGUGGCGCAGACGAGGUUGCAGUGGCAGUGGCUGAGAGUCUUCAGUGUAAUUGCACUCUCACGCAUGUAGAUUUGACUGACACCACGAUCACAUCUUCUGGUGCUGUGGCUCUUGCAAAGGCGUUACAGUUAAAUCGUACUUUAAGUCAUUUAGAUCUGAAGUGUAAUCAUAUCGGUGAUUUAGGUGCUGUGGCAUUUGUACAGACCCUUCAGUGUAAUACUACCUUAAUCUUUUUAGACCUGAGGUAUAACCGAAUUGGCGAGUCAGGACGGAAGGAGCUUCAUGAUCUCUUGCUUGGAAAGAUUCUUGGGUCCAAUCGUAAACUAUUGUAUCAUUGGAGUGAGAAUUGCGAUUCUUGAUCAGUUACAUCUGGGCUUAAACCGGAGAAUUCGAGAGCUGGAUGGUUUGUGAAAAUCGCCAUUGAAGUCAUGGCUAACAGUAAACAAUCUACUACCGUUUGUCAUGCGUGAGGAAAUGUUUUACUCGAACUCAGUCGUAACAAACUUCUGAUGUUUUGCCAGGAAAGAGAACAAAUAUUGAAAGUUUGUUGGUGAGUCAUCUUCAGGCAGUUUUCUGCGCGCGAGGUGGUCCGAAUCGAUUUCGUUGCAGACAAAUGUUCUUCAAAUUGCAGUCCGUACCCUGUCCAAGGGUACUUAUUUCAGAUGAACACCUUUUUCAAACGAUCUUUAUCUUAUUUACUAAACGGUUUUCACCCGACUGUCGAAAAUGUUUCCUUUUUUUUUUUCACGUAAUGAGCUCUAGCAUUAGUUAUCAAAUAUUAGCACGUGCCCUAAAAGCCAGAGAAAAUUUUUUUCUCCGUGCAGUAAGUAGUGAAACCAAUCGUGACUUACGCUCCUUAAGUAUUUAUUGUUACGUCGUCUUUUUAAAAUUUAAUGAAUUGUAAAGAAACCGAUAAAAAUAAGGGCUUUACUUUGA